AAACGGGAAAUACGGCUCGCUAGACUCAAGUAGGACUAGUCUCCGACCCUCGUAGCGGGGACCAAGCUGGAAGCGCCGCGUCUCGCUUCUCGUUCAACUUCAAGACUCAAGCUGGCCAGUCCGCGUAAUUUGCUCGCCAGUCUCCCCUCUUGCCAGACAUAAUUCCAAGAGGGAUUGCUCUAUCCAUAAUUGGUAGCGAGAAGGGCAGGCUAAGUCAAUUCACCUCGCCAUGCGCCAGACGUUGCGCCGGUCCUGCACCGCCUGCGCAAAGUACAAACACAGCUGCGACCUGGGCACGCCACGCUGCUCGCGAUGUAUCAAGCGCAGGGUCGAGUGCCACUACGCCAAUACACCCUUGACGGCGCCAUAUGUCCCUGCGCUGCGCGUGCGUCGUCCUCACUCACUAACACCGGUGGAAGGUCCUCCCUCCAUCGACGCCAGCUUUGCUGCCCUCGAUCCGUUCGACUCGUACCCAGUAACAAGGCUACCACGGAAGCACGUACAACGACUGAUCUACAACUUCCUUCAUAAGAUAGCUUUUCAAUACUAUCCGCUCGAUCUUAAUGCCGCGUCGAAUCCAUUCCUCGUCUCCUGGUGGCCCCUGGCGCUAGGUGAUCCGGCUCUGUUCCACGUCUCCCUGCAGACGGCAUGCCUGGACGAGGAGCUUUUAGCCCAAAAGGGGUUUCUCACGUCAGAGAUGCUCAUGGCCGACUCCGUGGCUCUUCUUCGACACAAGGUGGACAAUGCAGUGCUCGCGGUGCAGGACGGAACCAUGAAUUCCGUCAUCACACUGGCUGCAAUCGAGUUUGGAAAGGGCAACCUCGCAGCGAGCCAGAUGCACAUUGGCGGGGUGAAGAGGCUGGUGGCAUUGAGGAAUGGCAUGCACGCAGUCAGUCAGACGAGCCCUCUCACGGCGAGGAUGGUCAGCUGGGUCUCGAUGAUUGUGACAGGCGUCCCACAAUUUGACACCCAAGACGACGCUGGCAUUGGGGACGGCAUACCAACGUUGUCGGACUGGCAGAUUGACGCGACGUCCUUGCAGUAUAACGUACCCUCUCUGGACAAUCUCGACAUUGCAGACGACGUGAGGGAUGUGUUUACGCGACUGACAUACAUCUUUUGGAAUGCGAGUACUACAGCCAUGUCUAACACCAGGCUUCACGACCUUACGUGUUUCGUCGCACAUAGACUGUUGCGCUCAGAACAUGGUUCGUCGGUUGGUGAGCCGUCGCAGAUUUCCGAGUGCCUACGUGUUGCGAUGGUGCUGUACAUAUUUAUGCUCCAAGGACCAACGUACUUUUCACACGCAGUCAUGCAGAACAUGCUUGUCUGCCAGUUGCUCGACAGACUCGAGGGUGCUAUGGGCGGAGCACCACGUCAAUUAUGGUCGCUGGAGGUCUGGCUGCUUGGUGUCGGCAUGGCCGCAUCGCUCGGGACCGAUAAUCGCCAUCGGUUUCUGGAGAGGGCACGUCGUACGGCCUCUGUACUUGGGUUCGGCGGGACGGGGGAUGCACUGGCGGUGAUGAGGAGUAUCUUGUGGCUCGAGAGACUGCAUGGAGAAGGCAUCUUUCGACAAAGUUGGGAUGAAGCAUUAUUGGAAUCGAUAUGAAAGAGUCUUGGUAUAUGAUCUAGGCGUCCUCUUCGAGUCUUCGACUCGCAUCAAGCCCAGGCCUCGCUCGCAGAAACGUCUUGCUGCGGCUUUUGAGAGCAACAGACCUUUCCCACGGCUGAAGAUGGGCUUUUGCAUAUUCGCAGUGUACUUCUGGGUCCCAGUGCCAGCACAAAUCGCUACUGACCUAUGGCCGCUGCCUAUCGGUGCUCACUGCCUCACGGUGACGGUGCUCACCGGGUAACUAGCCCCACAUCAUCCGUCCCGUAACGUAGGCUUGGGAUCUCGGCCACAUUGUCGGGCACCGAGCGUCGUCA